ACGCUGAAGAGGAUGACAUUAAACCGUUCCUCGAUCGCAUGACGGACAAAACGCUGAAAGAGACGCUCUCACAAGGUGUUGCGUACAUGCACGAGGGGCUUACGACGUCCGAUCAGCGAAUGGUUGAGCAGCUGUUCGACUCCGGAGCCGUCCAGAUUGCCAUCUGUACGCGCGAUCUGUGCUGGGCUCUCAACAUCAGUGCCCAUCUGGUGAUCAUUAUGGAUACACAGUUCUACAAUGGGCGCAGCCACUCGUACGAUGAUUACCCGAUCACCGACGUGAUGCAGAUGGUAGCCCGUGCGAAUCGACCACUGGAGGACGACGAUGCCAAGGCGGUGCUGAUGUGUCAGAGCUCGAAGAAGGAUUUCUACAAGAAGUUCCUCAACGAGCCGCUGCCCGUCGAAAGCCAUCUCGAUCAUCGGCUGCACGAUCACUUCAAUGCAGAAAUCGUGACGAAGACGAUUGAGAACAAGCAGGAUGCCAUCGAUUACCUUACCUGGACGUUCCUGUAUCGACGGUUAACACAGAAUCCGAACUAUUACAAUCUGCAGGGCGUGACCCACCGGCACCUGUCCGAUCACAUGUCCGAGCUGGUGGAGACAACACUCUCCGACCUGGAGCAAUCUAAGUGUAUCGGCGUAGAAGAUGAGAUGGACACGCUUCCACUGAAUCUAGGCAUGAUUGCGGCUUACUACUACAUCAACUACACGACGAUCGAGCUGUUCAGUCUGUCGCUCAACAGCAAAACCAAGAUACGCGGUCUACUGGAGAUCAUCUCAUCGGCGGCCGAGUACGAGGAUCUGAUUGUGCGCCACCACGAGGACAACAUACUGCGCAGUCUGGCCGCUCGGCUCCCCAACAAGCUAACCGGACCAAAUGGUACCGCACCGAAGUUUAACGAUCCGCACAUCAAAACGAAUUUGCUACUACAGGCGCAUCUGUCCCGGUUACAGCUCGGUGCCGAGCUGCAGGGUGAUACGGAGCAAAUUCUGGGAAAAGCCAUCCGAUUGGUCCAAGCGUGUGUCGAUGUGCUGUCGUCUAACGGUUGGCUGUCGCCUGCGGUGGCUGCCAUGGAGCUGGCACAGAUGAUUACGCAGGCCAUGUGGAGCAAGGACUCGUACCUGAAACAGUUGCCCCACUUUAGUGCCGAUAUUAUCAAGCGCUGCCAGGAGAAGAGCAUCGAGACGGUGUUCGACAUUAUGGAGCUGGAUGAUGACGAUCGGUCGCGGUUGCUGCAGCUCACCGAUCAGCAGAUGUCCGAUGUGGCACGGUUCUGUAAUCGCUAUCCGAACAUCGAGCUCACCUUCGAGGUACUGGAUAAAAAUCGCAUCCAUUCCGGUUCGUCGGUGAAUGUAGCCGUAAACUUGGAGCGUGAGGAUGACAUUACGGGCCCCGUCAUCGCACCAUUCUUCCCGCAGAAACGCGAAGAAGGCUGGUGGGUGGUGAUCGGUGAUCCGAAGACCAACUCGUUGCUCUCGAUCAAACGGUUAACGCUGCAGCAGACUGCCAAGGUGAAGCUAAACUUUGUCGCACCGAAUCCCGGUGAGCACGAGUACACGUUGUACUAUAUGAGCGAUUCGUACCUGGGCUGCGAUCAGGAGUACAAGUUCUCGAUCAACGUGGGCGAUUUUCAGUCCGAAAGUGAAAGUGAAUCAGAUUAAACUCGUUGUUAC